AUGGCCUUGCUCCGGGUCUACUUGCUGGCCUUCCUGAGCUUGGGCUCAGGAUGUCAUCAUCGGAUCUGUCACUGCUCUAACAGGGUUUUCCUCUGCCAAGACAGCGAGGUGACAGAGAUUCCCUCCGACCUCCCCAGGAAUGCCGUUGAACUGAGGUUUGUCCUCACCAAGCUUCGAGUCAUCCCAAAAGGAGCAUUUUCUGGAUUUGGGGACCUGGAGAAAAUAGAGAUCUCACAGAAUGAUGUCUUGGAAGUGAUAGAGGCGAAUGUGUUCUCCAAUCUGCCCAAAUUACAUGAAAUAAGAAUUGAAAAGGCCAACAACCUGCUGUACAUCGACCCUGAUGCCUUCCAGAACCUGCCCAACCUCCGAUAUUUGUUAAUAUCCAACACAGGUAUUAAGCACUUUCCAACUGUUCACAAGAUUCAGUCUCUCCAAAAGGUUCUACUAGAUGUUCAAGACAAUAUACACAUCCACACAGUGGAAAGAAAUUCUUUCAUGGGACUGAGUUUUGAGAGUCUGAUUCUAUGGCUGAGUAAGAAUGGGAUUGAAGAAAUCCAGAGCUGUGCAUUCAAUGGAACCCAACUAGAUGAGCUGAAUCUAAGUGAUAACAAUAAUUUGGAAGAAUUGCCUAAUGAUGUUUUCCAGGGAGCCUCUGGACCAGUCAUUCUAGAUAUUUCAAGAACCAGGAUCCAUUCCUUGCCUAGCUAUGGCUUAGAAAAUCUUAAGAAGCUACGGGCCAGGUCGACGUACAACUUAAAAAAGCUUCCCAGUCUAGAAAAGCUUGUUGCACUUACGGAGGCCACCCUCACCUACCCCAGCCACUGCUGUGCCUUUGCAAACUGGAGACAGCAAAUUUCUGAGCGUCAUCCAAUUUGCAACAAAUCUAUUUUAAGGCAAGAAGUUGAUGAUAUGACUCAGGCUAGGGGUCAGAGAAUCUCUUUGGCAGAAGACGAUGAGUCCAGUUACAUCAAAGGAUUUGACAUGAUGUACAGUGAAUUUGACUAUGGCUUAUGCGGUGAAGUGGUUGAUGUGACUUGCUCUCCUAAGCCAGAUGCAUUCAAUCCAUGUGAAGAUAUCAUGGGGUAUGAUAUUCUCAGAAUCUUGAUAUGGUUUAUUAGCAUCCUGGCCAUCACUGGGAACAUUGUGGUGCUGGUGAUUCUGAUUACCAGCCAAUACAAACUCACAGUCCCCCGGUUCCUAAUGUGCAACCUGGCCUUUGCUGAUCUCUGCAUUGGAAUCUACCUGCUGCUCAUAGCAUCUGUUGAUAUCCACACCAAAAGCCAGUACCACAACUAUGCCAUUGACUGGCAAACUGGAGCAGGCUGUGAUGCUGCCGGCUUUUUCACUGUCUUUGCCAGUGAGCUCUCAGUCUACACGCUAAUAGCCAUCACUCUGGAAAGAUGGCAUACCAUCACCCAUGCCAUGCAGCUGGAAUGUAGGGUGCAGCUCCGUCAUGCUGCCAGUGUCAUGCUUGGAGGCUGGAUCUUUGCUUUUGCAGUCGCCCUCUUUCCCAUCUUUGGCAUUAGCAGCUACAUGAAGGUGAGCAUCUGCCUGCCCAUGGAUAUUGACAGCCCCUUGUCACAGCUGUAUGUUAUGUCCCUCCUUGUGCUCAAUGUCCUGGCCUUUGUGGUGAUCUGUGUCUGCUACACUCACAUCUAUCUCACAGUAAGAAACCCCAACAUCGUGUCCUCCUCUAGUGAUACCAAAAUUGCCAAGCGCAUGGCCGUGCUCAUCUUCACAGACUUCCUCUGCAUGGCACCCAUCUCCUUCUUUGCCAUCUCUGCGUCCCUCAAAGUGCCCCUCAUCACUGUGUCCAAGUCAAAGAUCCUCCUGGUCCUGUUCUACCCCAUCAACUCCUGUGCAAACCCUUUCCUCUAUGCCAUCUUCACCAAGAACUUCCGCAGGGAUUUCUUCAUUCUGCUGAGCAAGUUCGGCUGCUAUGAAAUGCAAGCCCAGAUUUACAGGACAGAAAACUCAUCCAGUGCCCACAACUCCCAUCCAAGGAAUGGCCACUGCCCUACAGUUCCCAGGGUCACCAAUGGCUCCAAUUACACACUUGUCCCUCUAAGCCAUUUAGCCCAGAAAUAAAACAAUGUGUAAAUAUAA